AUGGACGGGCUUGACACUUCCGCUUGGCCCCUGUUCGACUCGGUGGACGAGUGGUGGGCUAGCACCUGCGCCGAUGGCAGACAUGAUCUGAUGUUUCAGGAUGAUGUGAAGCUCAUGGUUGACAUGAACCUAGAGGCUUACAGAUUCUCCGUCUCCUGGUCAAGGCUUAUCCCAGAUGGCAGGGGAGCUGUCAAUCCAAAAGGACUCGAGUACUACAACAACCUAAUAGAUGCGCUAGUGCAACAUGGCAUUCAAGUCCAUAUUAUGAUUUACCAGCUUGAUUACCCUCAAAUCCUGGAAGAUGAGUAUGGAGGAUGGCUAAGCCCUAGAAUUGUGGAUGAUUUCACAGCAUUCGCAGAUAUUUGCUUCAAACAGUUUGGAGACAGGAUCUCGUACUGGACUACGAUAGAUGAACCUAACGUAGGUGCGACCGGAUCUUACGAUGGCGGAUCAAUUGCACCCGGACAUUGCUCUGACCCUUUUGGAGCCACAAAAUGUACGGUGGGUGACUCUACAGUGGAACCAUAUAUAGCAGCUCAUAACAUGCUAUUGGCGCAUGCAUCAGCCAGUAGGCUUUACAGAGAAAAAUAUCAAGCCAUGCAAAAGGGGGUUGUUGGCCUAAGUAUUUACUCCCUUUGGCCUUAUCCUAUGACAAACUCUACAGAGGAUUUAGAAGCAACAAAAGGAUGUAUGGACUUCUUUUUGGGCUGUAUACUAGAGCCCUUGAUAUCUGGAGAUUAUCCGGAAAGAAUGAAGAAAAUUGUUGGCUCUCGUCUUCUAUCCUUCACUAAUAUCCAGUCUGAAGCUAUAAUUGGUAGUGCAGAUUUCAUUGGGAUAAAUCACUACUAUUCUGUCUACGUGAAUGGUCGUCCUUUAGACAAAGGCACUCGUGACUAUACAGCCGACUUGUCAAUUAUCUACAAAGCUUCUAAAACAGACCCGCCAGCCAGCUCCCCCGACGUCAUUCCAAGUGAUCCCGAAGGAUUGCAACGUGUGUUAUUGUACUUGAAAGAAGCCUACGGAGACAUUCCCAUUUAUAUCCAAGAGAAUGGUCAAUCAUCUAGUAAUGACACUCUUGAAGACAUCGACAGGACCGAAUACUUAAAGAGCUACAUAGGGAGCACAUUGGCUGCAGUAAGGAGUGGAGCCAAUGUGAAAGGCUACUUCGCCUGGGCGUUCUUGGACGCCUUCGAGUGCCUGUCAGGGUAUCAGGAACGUUACGGACUGUACCGUGUUGAUUUCGACGACAAGGCGCUCCCACGACAUGCCAGGCUAUCUGCUCGCUGGUACUCCGCCUUCCUGAAGACCCAGGACAUCCAUGUUCAGAGUGAGCUCAACAACACAGGAUGGCAUGCUGAACAAUGA